AUGGGCUUGAAGCCCUACCUCGGCCUUCGUGGCAAUGCUCUCCUCAGAGCAGCAGUCAUACUCGUUGUUUGUCCGACUUUCACCUGUUAUGGAUAUAAUAUGAGCGUGGCGGGUGGUCUUUUGACACUUGACACUUUCAAUAACCAAUUCCCUCGUAUGGAUACAAUACACACAACCGGAGCAUUGCAACAUGAAAACUCAACUAUUCAAGGCACUGUUAUCGCUCUUUAUACCGUGGGCGGUAUCUUCGGAGCUCUGUCAUGCGUCUAUCUAGGUGAUCUUCUAGGACGAAAGAAGGUCAUCUUUUGGACCAACUUUAUCACCAUCAUUGGUACUGUUUUGAUGGCCACUUCCUUCGAUUUUGCCCAAUUCAUCGUGGCAAGACUAGUCCUUGGUCUAGGCAUAGGUGGGUACGUCGCUACUGUGCCAGUGUGGCAGUCUGAAAUAUCACCAGCGCACAAGCGAGGUUCCAAUGUCGUUACAGACGGCAUUUUUGUUGGCGCCGGUGUCACUCUGGGUCUAUGGAUUGAUCUCGGCUUUUAUUUUGUGAAGGAUAACUCUGUAUCGUGGCGAUUCCCUCUCGCCUUUCCUAUUGUCCUGAGUUCCAUGGCUAUGAUUUUUAUUCCCAUGCUUCCAGAAUCUCCUCGCUGGCUCAUCAAGACUGGUCAGCUCCAGGAAGCUCGGGAUGUCCUUGCAGCUCUCCUUGAGCUCGAACCCGACUCGGAAACGAUCACCAAUAGUAUCCAUGAGGUCGAAACUACCCUCGCCGUCUGCGGAAAUACCUCCUGGACCUCUAUGUUCUCAAAUGGAGAGCAGCGCCUCUUUCAUCGCGCGUAUCUUGCAGCGACCGGUCAGCUGUUCCAGCAAAUAUGCGGUGUGAAUUUGAUCACCUACUACGCCACUAAUAUCUUCCAGCAAUACCUGGGUAUGGACGCCGUGAAGUCCCGCAUCCUCGCUGCGGCAAUGGGUCUAAUGCAGCCCCUCGGCGGUUUCUUUGCCUUUUAUACCAUCGACCGGCUCGGCCGCCGACCGCUCAUGCUAUGGAGUGCAGGAGCUAUGUCUAUUUGCAUGGCUAUUCUUGCCGGUACAACAUCUCCCCAAGCUGCGAACAGCACUGCGGCCCUCGUGGUAGCAGUAAUCGCACUCUAUUGCUUCCAGUUUAUCUUUACAGUUGGAUACUCUGGCCUUACCUUCCUCUACGCUGCUGAGAUGGCUCCGUUGCAGGUGCGUGCUGCCGUCAGUGCCAUCUCCACUGCCACUGUCUGGGUGUUCAACUUCCUUCUCGCUGAAGUGACUCCUGUCGGCUUUGCCUCUAUCGGGAACAAGUACUACAUUGUGUUUGCCGUGGCAAAUGCUAUCAUUGUGCCCUCUGUGUACUUCUUCUUCCCUGAAACCAAGGGGCGGUCACUUGAGGAGAUCGACGAGAUUUUUGCCCAGUCGAAGAGUAUUUUUGACCCGCCUCGAGUGGCACGCCGCAUGCAGGCCAUGCAGGCCAUGCAGGCCAGUCGACCUGAUUCGAAGAGCGGCGACGAGCAUCAUGAAGAUACGAAGGAAGAUAUCAAGGUUUAG